CCCCAUCAUUUCUCUUGGAAGAUCUACGGGGCAGUCGUGAGUCUCAUGCGUGCUCAAGGUCCAGCUGGACCUUCAAGGCAGCAACCGAAAUCACUUGCAGCAGGUGUCAGCAGCAAUUCUUGAUCAAUCGUCUACACGCCAUCCCUGCCCCUCUUCACUCCUCGAUUGCUCACUAGCGUCAGGUUACAUCAACAGUCGGAGUCGCCCUGAGGUGUUUCACGUCCUUCUCAGCACCUCGACUCGAGCACCCUUCAACACCUUCAAGCGUAGGCGACCUUUCUUGAAUCGCGAUGCUGGCUGCUGUGCGCAGGUUGCCCACCAGGGCAAGUGGGCUGGUCAGCCCCCGGAUCGUGGCGGCUUCGAGCAAUGUCGUCAGAGCGGCUGCUUUCUCCACGUCAUCUCGUGUCGAGGCGCUGAGCAAGUUCAACAUGCCCGCCAUGAGUCCGACGAUGACGGAAGGAGGGAUCGCAGCCUGGAAGAAGCAGCCUGGAGAGAGCUUCUCAGCUGGAGAGGUGCUCCUGGAGAUCGAGACAGACAAGGCCACGAUGGAUGUCGAGGCGCAAGAGGACGGAAUCAUGGCAAAAAUCAUUGUCGGCGAUGGCAGCAAAGCAGUGCCUGUAAACUCCCCAAUCGCGAUCAUCGGCGAGGAAGGCGACGACAUCUCAGGUGCCGAUGCACUCGCUGCAGAGGCUGAGAAGGACGCGUCCCAGACCAAGAGCGAGCCCAAAGAAGAGUCAAAGCCAGAAGCACCUGAACCUCCCAAGAGUGAGCCAAAGAAGGAGGAGCCGGUUCCUGCUUCUCAGCCAGCUGCCUCGUCGUCAGGUUCCGCGCCGGUGCGAAAUGAAGGCGAGCGCGUCAUCGCUACACCAGUCGCCAGGCGAAUUGCACAGGAGAAGGGCAUUCCCUUGAGCAAGGUCAAGGGCACAGGUCCUGAGGGCAGAAUCAUCAAGGCGGAUGUCGAGGCUUACCAGCCAGAGGCUGCAGGAGCAGCAGCACCCGCCACAUCCCCUUCGGCUCCUUCGAAGAGCGCUGCUGCGCCUUCAGCGCCCGCACCUGCCCCUUCUUCUUCCGCAGAUUACGAGGACACGCCGGUUUCCUCCAUGCGACGCGUGAUUGCGUCUCGCUUGACCGAAAGCAAGCAGCAGCUGCCGCACUACUACGUGUCGAUCGAUGUUGAGAUGGACAAGGUUCUUCAAUUGCGAGCAGCGUUCAAUGCAGCUUCGGAGGCCAAGGCCGGUGGAGACAAGCAAUUGGCCAAGCAAGCUAAGCUAAGCGUGGGCGACUUCAUCACCAAGGCCGCCUCCGUCGCGUUGCGAGAGGUACCAGAGGUGAAUGCAGCAUGGUAUGGUGACUUUAUCAGGAGCUACAAGAAGGCGGACAUCUCCAUCGCCGUGGCCACCCCGACUGGUCUGAUCACCCCCAUUGUGCGAGAUGUUGGUGGCACGGGUCUGGCAAGCAUCAGCGCUCAGACGAAAGCAUUGGCUGCCAGGGCCCGGGACGGCAAACUCAAGCCGGAGGAGUACCAAGGCGGCAGCUUCACCAUCUCCAACAUGGGAAUGUUUGGAAUCACGCACUUUACAGCCAUCAUCAAUCCCCCGCAAGCGUGCAUCCUCGCCAUCGGAGGCACAGACACUAGGAUUGUUCCCGAUGACUCGUCCGAGCAAGGCUGGAGAAAGGCAAACGUCAUGCAAGCGACGAUUUCGGCUGACCACCGCAUCGUCGAUGGCGCUACUGCAGCGAGAUGGAUGAAGGCGUUCAAGGACGCGCUGGAGAAUCCUUUGAGCUUCAUGCUGUAAGCUUUUCAUACCGCUUUUAGACGCGCAAGGCGCCCUUUGAGAGACCUUGGAUGUACUCAUGACAAAGAAGCAAUCCGAUCGAAGAGCGAUCAGCCGACGGGUGAUUUGAUCUUGCAGCCGGAAGCUGAUGAUCCAACCACAGUCUUGCUAGGUGUCAUUCUAGAGGCAGGGCACGACAGCCUAUGCGAAGCAUCGUCCAUUGAGUGUGAUGUCCGUCAAGAAUUGUAGGUACAUGAUGCACACGGUAGGUGUAAUUACA